AAGACAGCGUCGAAAGAAUUGAAAAGGAACGACAGCGCCGCCCCUUUCCAGCCUAAAAGUCGGCAUCUUCCCAUCACACGAUAUCCCGCCACUGCAGCUUCCAAGUACUCGACGCAGAAAACAUAAACGAUCGACUUCGUUCCUCACAAUCAUCACCUUCAUUCAACCCCGGUCAUCUUAACCAUGGGCUCACAUCACAAGUCUUCCAGCUCCAAAAGCCACGGCGGCUCCUCCCACGGGAAGUCCUCCAGCAGCAAGAAGAAGGCAGUCGUCCAAAUCAGCGUCUGGUACUGUGAUGCUUGUCACUAUGGACCGUGUAACCCUUCCAUCGAUAUGUACUGCCCUAACUGUAAACACCAACGCUGUGGCGGAUGUACGACGGAGGUGAUCACGCAGCGCUCUGACCAUUGAGUAUGUCUAGUCUCGGCAGGCCCUGAGCUCCGAGACUAGACAGCAUGGCGAGCGUUGGUUUUCCCCGAGGACGGACAUGCAAGGGAUGAUGGAAAAGGCAGCCGCUGGGCGGGCUUGCCACGGAUCGCGAGCAUUUGAAGCUAUCCGGUUGAGCCGGUACGAUGUUUUCGUUUAGACCGCCAAGAAUCGGGCAAGACAGGAUCGGAUAGACAGGAGCUACGCCUAGCGAUGGGCUCGAAAGAACAGACAAAUGACUUCAUUUCUGCCCUG